AUGACCUGGCUAGAUGUUGUUUCAAAAGAUCUUACAAUCCCUGUUGAAUAUUUGAAGCCUACCAACAAUUCUAAAAGAUUCCUUGCUAAUGUUCAUCGGAUUUGGUUUAGAGAUUUUUUAAAUGGAAUUUAUCGUCCAUUCUUGCAUCAUGAGAUGUUUACAAAUGAUGAUGUCCGUGCAAAAGUUCAACAAAUCGAAAGCUUGGGCGAUACUUGGAUAUAUGUUUUGAUAACUGUCAUACAAAAAGUAGAUAAAUCAGUGAUUCCUUUGGCACGACGACAUGAAACUGUGAAUUUUGAUAAAAACUUAAGUUAUUCACAACAAUUACAAUAUGUCACAGUUACAAAUAGAAAAAAUCUAUGGAAAGAAGCAUAUAAAAAAUAUGAUGGUUUUUUUUGUAGAGAAAAAUCUAUGACCUCAAAUAUAUGCCUUUCUCCUCAUGAUACUAUAAUAAGAGAUAUACUUAGUCGUUUCUACAACUGUCCAAUAGUUCACUCACAAGAAUGUUCACGUAAAAUAUCAUUGACUGAAAAUGAAUCUCAUAGUAAUAUUUUACCAGCUAACUUAGUUUUUGAAACUAAUAAAUAUUUUUACCUAUUGCAGGAGACAAAUAAUGUACAUUCGUUUCAAGAUUGUGUAAAUUAUAGUCCAACAUUAUUAAAGUCAAGCCAUGCCCGUCCACUAUUUGUGUUAUAUCAACUUUUGAAUGCAAUGCAAUAUACCCAUGAUCAAGGACUUGUGCUUGGUGACAUUACAUUAUCUGAUAUAAUUGUUUCCCCUGAGUUGUGGAUUCGGAUUCUCCCAAGAAUCACCGAUAAUAUUUCAGAUGCUGAUGAAUUUGAUAACAGUUAUGACGAAACAGUUAAAAGUUCAAAUGCUGAACAUUUGGCAGAAAUAUGUGAACAAUGGGUUCGCGGAAAUAUGUCUAAUUUUGACUAUAUUACAUUUUUGAAUAAAUUAGCUGGUAGAAAAUAUGGUGAUCCUAAAUGCCAUCAUGUAUUCCCUUGGGUAACUGACUUUAGUUCUCGAGCUGGCCUUAACUACCGUGACCUUACUAAAUCAAAGUAUAGGUUAAAUAAAGGUGAUCGGCAAUUAGACUUGACUUAUGAUAUUGAAGAUGAGAAAACUUCUGCUCUGACCCCACAUCAUGUUCCUGAUAUUUUAUCAGAAAUAACUUACUAUGUUUAUCGAUCCCGAAUAACUCCUCGGUCGGUUCUUUGUCGUUAUAUUAGAACAAAAUUUGUUCCUGAAGAGUAUCCUUCUAGUAUACAACGUAUGCAAGAAUGGUCUCCAGAUGAAUGUAUUCCAGAAUUUUUUACUGAUCCAUCAGUUUUUAAAUCUAUACAUAAAGAAUUACCUGAUUUGGGUAUUCCUACAUGGGCAGAGAAUGUUCAAGAUUUAGUAGAUACACAUAAAGCCAUACUAGAAAGUAACUAUAUUUCUGAACGUUUACAUCAUUGGAUUGAUUUAACAUUUGGAUACAAAUUAUCUGGUUCAGCUGCAGUAAAAUCAAAAAAUGUAUGCCUUCAACUGUGUGAUAAUCAUACUUAUCUGUCAUCAUCUGGUAUUGUACAACUAUUUACUCAGCCUCACCCUCAAAGAGUAUUGCCAUCACCUUAUUUUUCAAGAAUUCCUCCCAUUUUACCUAAAUUGAAAACUCCUCCAAAUGUUGAAGAACAAUAUCUUAAUACAUCUUCUGAUAAUGAAACAUCAGCAAAUGAUUUUACAAAAUAUUUAGAUUUAUCUAAAAUACCACUUUGUCUUCCACCAGAUUAUAAUCCUGCAACACCAUUAUUCGCUUUAGAUUCAUUAAAUAAUUUUUUAAAUGGAGUAUGUGCUAAGACAUUAAAAUCUUCUACUUCUGAUGAAUUUCGUUCAAAAGAUAUGAUGUCAUACAAAAAAAUCAUAGCUAAUCGAAGAGCUCAAGAAAUUCAAGUUUUGGGAUGUUUAAUUGUAGAAUUAUUUUUGGGAGAUAAAAUGAUUGCUCAUGGGAGUAAUUUACCAUUAUCUUUUUUGAAAAGAUUACAAAUCUGCCGUGUACUAGCAUGUACAUAUCAAAAAAGUCUUCCAGAUUGUAUUCGUCCUGUGGUCAAGUUACUGCUUCAAAUCGAUAAAAUUCCUUUAAACGUAAACCCAUCACCAUUUGAUUUUAAUUGGUGCUCUGUUAUUACAGAUAAUGGACUGCCACCACCAACUCCUCAUCAGAUCCUCAUUCCUUGUCUCUCAUCUUCGAUUUUGCAUUUUCCUAAUUAUUUUUCUAAUAUACACAACAUAUUAAGAAUUUAUUAUGAUUAUAAAACAGUGAAAUCAGAAUUGGAGAGUGUCAAAAAUUUAUUGGAAGAAAAUCAAAAAUUUACUCUGGAUAUGUUUGAUACUGUAUGUAUUAAGCUUAUUAUGGAAAUUGAGCAAGAGAUGUGUGAACUGAGUGAAUCUGGAACACUUGGAAUACUAGCUGAUAGCACUUGGAUAGAAUUUUUAGUGCCAAUGGUUAUUGAACUUUUAUCCGAUUCUAAUUGUAACACUUUAGCAGCUUUACAUUUAUUGGAACCAUCAUUUAAAGCCUUAGGUAUGCAAAAAUCUAAGGAAUUACUUCUUAAUUAUGUAACAACAUUGUAUGAAGAAUGCUUGAAAGAUAUCGUCCAAGAAAAUAUUCCUAUUCAUCAAAAAUGGUUAAAACUAUAUCAAAAAUCAUUUUUAAUGAAAUUAAUCUCUGGUUUUGGAACAAGAAUAUUCUUAAAAUAUUUUGUUCCUAUACUCGUGGAAACAGUUGGGUCCGGAUGUAAUUUUAACAGAGCAUGUCCAAUUCCUAUUCAAUAUCUUAAUGACCUUUGUAGCUCAUUUACCUCAUAUGAAGACAGCAGUUCAAAUCCUGUCACAGAAACCAAUCAAGUUGUUAAAGUAGUUGAACAUGAUACACUAUCUCUAGAUGAUGAAGCUUUGACUAAUAGUAUAGUUUCACUUCAAGAUGUUCUCUUGGAUGAUCAAGAUGUAAUAGUUGAUUAUGAUAGACAAAGUGCAGAUACUAACUUUAGUGAUGAUAAAAGUUUGGUUGAUGUUACAAUUGGAUAUGUAGAGGAUAGUGAAAAUAUUUCUCCUUCUUGUCUUACUCCCGAUUCAGAAAAAAUCAGUUCUGAAGAGCAUUUAAAGAUAUCAGAAGUUAGUGCAGAUUCCCUUGUAUGGGUAUCAAAUCGCAUAGGUCCAGUACAUACAUCUAUGUAUAUUACAAAAAACCUAUUGAAAAUGUUAAUGUUAUGUUACUCAGAUUCAUUACAAAGUGAUGAUAAGGCAACUAUGGUCAUUAAUUGUUUAAUGAGUAUUGCAGGUAUUUAUGGUGAACAAGUGAUUUUGGUCCAAUAUUUACCACAUAUAAGUGAUGUAGUGUCAUUAUGCAAACGUAGCAAAAUGACCACGAGUCUUGAAAGUGGUCUUAUUGGAUGUGUAACUUUAUUGAAAUAUCUUAUGUCUUAUUUUACCAACUCAACACUAAAUGAAAUUAGUCAAGAUACAUUAUGCAAAGGAAUUAUACAUCCAAUGUUAAGAAUUUUAUCAUCUCAAAAAGUAAUUUUUCCAUCAGGGGGACAGAGUCGUAGUAAUUUUGCUACGAAAUUGUUUGAAACAAUAUAUUUUUUUGGCCUUAAACAAGGACAUCUAAUUUCAAAAACCAUACAACGAUUGUUCUUAGUAUUUGAUAAAUUGAGACAUGUUGAUCCACUUAGUAUGGCUGAUACCAAUCCAAGAAAUCAAACCAUGGAGUUAAACAAUAGUGAUUCUGGUGAUUCUCCUUCAACAAUUAGUGCUGAUAAAUCAAACAUUAAAAUAAAAGCUAUGGAACAACUCUGUAAGGUUUUAACACCAAAAUUAGCUUAUCAUUCUUAUAAUUUAUUUGUAAAAUACUAUGGAGAAUCAUUUAUGCAAAGGACAUUAAUGAAUUGGGAUUACAUUAAAGAACUGUGUGUUACAUAUAAAGAAGAAAGAGUUUAUUCUGGUUAUGCAAAUAUUGAUUAUAAUGAUAGUACAAUACAUUUUGAAGAACAGCUUGGAAAGCAUCUUACUCUCAAGGGUAAUAAAAUUCAUUUUCAGGAUGAAGAAAUAGAAGUAGCUGAAGAUGCUAAGACCCUGGUAGAAUCAUCUAGGCAUUUAAGAGGAAAUUGGUUAGCAUAUUGGGAACAUGAAAUUGGGCGCAAUAGUCGUGAUACUUGGUUUAAUUUUAAACAAAUCAAGUUACAAACUUUUAGUGGACAUCAAUCAACAGUUAAAUCUUUAAGUGUACUUGAUAAUGAAAAUAGUUUUAUAAGUUCUAGUCGUGACAAGACUGUUAAACUUUGGUCUUUAAGAAAUCAAGGUGAUGGGAACAGUAUUUCUCAAUGUCAAUACACUUAUUCUAGACACCGUAAAUCUGUAUUAUCAGUUGCAUAUUUGGAAAAUCUUAGAAUGGUUGCUUCCUGUGAUUCUUCAAUACAUAUUUGGGAUCCAUGGUGUGGUGGACGUCUCUUAUGCUCAAUGAAUGGUAUACCUGUUAAUGUUCUUAAAUGUCUGCCAACUCCACAUCCAAAUAUAUUAGCUGCUUCUACACAACCAACCUUACAUUCUAUUGAUCCCAGAAAUGGAAAGUCUGUAGCAGAACUUAAAAUAUCUGUCAAUGCCACUGGACUUAUUAGGAGCAUUGCUGUACCAACAAACGCUCACUGGGUUGCUGUUGGUCAAUCAUCUGGUUAUCUAACUGUUAUUGAUUUACGAACUGGUCAAGCUUUAGCUAACUGGAAAGGGCAUGAAGGAGAGGUAUUACAAUUGUUAGCUGUUAAUUCUAACACAAUUGUUAGCUCAUCUCUUGAUCAAUCAUUAUCUGUUUGGAAUGUUUCAAAUGGAAAUCUUAUCUAUAAUAUGAGAGGGUCACCUGAACCAGUUCAUUGUUUAGGUCUUCACGGAAAUGAAUUGAUUUCAGGUACUACAGCUAAUCGUAUUGGCAUUCAUACAGGAUUUACUAGUGAAGCAUCAUUUUCCUCUACAAAAAUUAGAGCUGAUACAUUUAAAGGAGUAUUAACCACAAUGUCAGUACUAAGUCUAAAUCAAUUAUUAUUACUCGGUGCCGAUAAUGGCAAUAUCACACUCUUAUGCUAAAAGGUGUAAUUGUUGGAUACUCUCAUAUUUUAUGUAUACAAAAUAUUUCCUAUUAUUAUUCUGUAUGAACAUUUAUAUUGAUUAUUUAUACAU